AGGGAGAGAGGUGUCGUCCUGUCGGCUACCUGGUUUUUUAACACCGUAUAAGCCUCGAGGGUUGACGGAUUUUUUUUGAAGGAAAUAUAGCUCGCUGUGCUUCCUUCUUUCUUUAUCCGUCGAGGGAUUUCAAAAGGCUUAUCUCAUAUUUCCUUAUUCUGACGAAGGGCUUCGACCACCAAGCCUGAAGAAGUCGGUCUUAGACUUCGAGCAUCCGGCGCCGAGGUGAAUUGAUGUUCAGCUCGGCUUCACGGGAAAACAACGCUUAUUAUUGGCACAUGAAAACCUCAGAUCUUGCUGGACACAGAAGUGCAGCGAGAAGUAGACAGAAAUCUACUUCGAGGACCUGGGGCCCGGUUGGAGGUGAAAGAUUGAAGAGAGAUCUCUGCUUCAACGUUAACUUUCUGACAACAAAGAGGUGACACGUAGUGCAGUAUGGGAGGUGGAGAGCGGUACAACAUUCCAGUUUCCCACCCUGAACGCCCUUUGCCCAAGAAGAAACAUCAACUUGGCCGGGCCAAGCAGAGAAGCCGUGACCAGAAUGGCUCAUCAGUAGCAGCAUCUGCAGGAGGGGCAGGCCUUCACCAUCAUGGCCACCGCAGGAGCGACAAAGUCGCAGCCUACCACAGGUCCCCAGAGGCGCGGCAGGCCGCGUCUGCAGAGAAAAAUGCUUCUGUCCGUUUUGCCACCAGCUAUGAUCAGAACUGGGAGGGUGCGGUGUCUCACCUCAACACACUCCUGGCAACCCAGGGAAGUCCGAGCUACGCAGGGCCAAAGUUCAGCGAGCCACCCUCGCCCAGCGUGUUGCCCAAACCCCCCAGCCACUGGGUGUCCUUCCCAAUGAGCUCUUGUGACAACAGGGAGAUGAUGACCUUCCAGCUCAAAAGCCUCCUCAAGGUGCAGGCCUGAGAAGGAUCCCCACAGUUAGAAAAAGCCAAUGCAUGGACUGGGACUCUUUUGAGGGCAUCGACCCACCAGGAACACCUCAGUGCUGUAAUACUUUUAACUGUUUUUAGAUUUGCCUCUCUGAGGGUUAGGAUGCAUUUGCAACAAUGUUUUUUGCUGUAAAUGUUUAUUCAAUUUUUUAAACCAAUUUUUCAAAACUAUUACAGCCUUGCAGCCUUGCUGGUCGGUGGUGCCUUUAGUUGAGUCUGUUUUUGUGACUAAUGACAAACUGGAUAUCCUUUGUACUUUUGUGUUUUGUUCUUUUUAUGUUGGCUGUCAAAGCAGAUUGAGUGAGCUUUUUCUCCCAAACAAGGAUUAUAGUAUAGGUCAGGUAAUUCCCUCACUUUUACGGUCCAUUUCUGUGGACAGAUGCUUUUUCAUUUACGUAGGUUCUAUGAUGAGCCUUUGGAGACAACUCUAAAGCUUCAGGUGCUAAAGCAAACAAACAAUUGUAGCAUUUUUGACUAGGACCACCUUGUUUUUCUUGUGCUCCUUGUUUGGGAUAUAAAAGACACUCAACUGUAAUUCUGCAGGGAAAAAAACUCUUACUGGAGGUAAUAAGCUGUAGUGAGUGAGUAGAGGUCAGAAGUGUAACCUCAAACUGAAGAGACCAUGGCACACUCAGGCUUUGGGCCGUCAACUCCUGUACCACCUUUUUUAUUGCGCUGUGCGCACAUGCACUAUAGGAGUUGAGUUUGCCCGAGGCCUGCAACACUCUAUCAUAGCAUUAUUUUGUACAGGUCCUUUUUUGUUGUGGUUGAAAGAUGUAUGAAAUGCUGUGUGUAACCAAAGCAAUGUUUUCGCUGUAUUUGAUUCCCCUCCUUUUUGAUAGGCAUGGUUGUCAUUGCCAGUUCAACUUUGCUGACUUAAGUGGUGAAUGAGUUAAGAGUCCUGUGGGUCACCUCCGACUGCAUCUGUUCCAAUCAGUACUGUUCUCACCCUUCAGCCGCUGCCUAUUCGGGACAGUGCUGCAGCUUCAACGUGCGGAAGAGGGCCAGACUUAGCUUCAAGGUUGAGUUUCACUCUGUCGUUAAGACGUCGUUAAGACAUGUCUCGGUCCUGUUGGCUGCAUGCACUGGUAAGAAAGGUAUGGCAGAGCUGAGGGAAGUUUCUGAACUGAAGUGGCCCACCGGACUCAACCAGAGGCAGGAGGCGAGUGUUAUUGUGUUUACAAAUCGGUCUGGUUGGACCAUCCCAUAAUCAACAGACACUUGCUGCCUCUGUAUCUUGUUUGCCCUCUUGCACUGCAAUCAGACUUUUUUUUUUCUUUUUUUUCUCUCCUAAGUUACAGGCCAGGAUACUAUUGAAAUGAUGGAGGUGUAAUUGACUAUCAUCCAAUGGAUUCUCUAUUUUUGAUUCAAUCCUCUAUUGAGGCUCUUUUUUGCUUUCCCUUUGCAGAAUUGGAGCUGUUUAUUGCCAGCCUAAAGAUGACAAAACAAAGUACAGGACCUUGAUAGUGUGUUCAAGAGCCAUGUAAAUAAUGAAGUGUAUAAAGUACUUGUAGCAUAUGUACAUUUGCAGGCCGAGUUUGAGGCUUGCCCAACAAAAGUAUUUUUAGUAAUAACACUGAAUGUAUAAGAUGUGCUAAGGACAUGUCUUGACUUCAAUACUGAAGAAUAUUUUUGUUAAAAAAAACAAACCUGCCUAUAGCAUUUGUCAGUACCCCUGCACUGUUAUCUUUCCAGAGAACUUGCACAUGUUUUUUUAUUGUUUUGUAUUAUGCACAGUGUAGGGUGAAAGAUGCUAAGUGCAAAUUAAGAAAAUAUCAAUUGGAUCCUAGGAGACUUGCCUAUGUAUGAAUUUAAGUUGAGAAUGUGCUUACAUUUAGUAAGCGUGAUGCUGUUAAUCUUGAGUUAACCUGUUUGUGCCUAAGUUGAAAUCCAUGCUGAAAGUGACAAAUUAUUUUUUAAGUGGCAUUGCCACAGAUUGACCAAAUGUUCUCAUCAAAACCACAUUCAAUUCUCCGCUGUUCUUCCGCCAGCAGACAAUUGAAUGUGGCCCCAUGCUAUUUAAAUACCUCUUAUUGGUUGUUCAUGUUAACUUUUUGUUUCUUGCCCCCUGAAUCCUGCAUGGCAAAGUCUCCUUGUGCUAAACUUAAAAAUUGAAUUGGCUUUUAAUUUGUCCCCUUGAAACUGUCACUGUAUAAGAAAAGGAAAAUGCCCUGUUUAAGAUUGGUAUCAAUUGGUGUUUAAAAAAAAUGCAAAUGUUAAAUGCACUGUGAAUUGAAGACAAAUUUUUACAAAAAAAAGAAAUAAAUCCCCUUCCCUUCCCCCC